AUGCAGCUCCUCUCUCUCGUUAGUGUCAUGGCACUUGUGCCCGCAGUGCUCUCAUCUCCAGUGGCCGAAUUCAAGAAAAUCGCGGUCCGGGCUGAUGAUCGGGGCCACGAAAUCAUCUCUGGCCUGGGAGCCCGCAAACAGGCGGUGGUUGAUGCUGGCGGCAACACCCGUGACCUCGCGAUUGCGAUGCUGGAGACGACGAAAAUGACCACCGAUUACACAUAUGGUGACGGGAAGGAUGGUGACGCCACCAACUUCGGUGUCUUCAAGCAAAAUUGGUUCAUCUUGCGACACUCUGCAUCCGAAUUCCUCGGACAGACCGUUGCCGAGGUUGAUAAUGGUGCAAUCCUCAACUCCGAUCUGGGCAAAGAUAUCCAAGCCCGUCACGAGGGUGAGAAACACUACGGAUAUGAAACCUGGUUCAGUGGCCAUCGCAACGGAGAAAGUGGUGUCAAAAACCCAGGCACGGCUGAUAUCAAUGCGUACAUCGAUGCCGUGGCAUGGAUUCAACAGCAGAUUGAGAGCGAUAAGAAGUAUCAGUCUGAUGAUACUCGGUUCUGGGUUGAUGUCCAGGCUAUUUAG